CCACCAUGUCAAACGAAAACCUACUCGACAGACUUAAUGACGAUGUCGUCGUUCUCAUCCUUUCUGUCAUAACAGUCCCUGAUAUAAUUGCAUGCAGAGAGACAUGCCGUCGCCUGAACGUCUUCUCGAGGCUGCGCCUAGUCUGGCAGCGCGCCUAUGUCAACCACGUUCUGGGGCCGAAUCUGCCACACGUUUACCUUGAAUCGCAUCUAGCUUCGCUCAGCGAGCAGCAUCUUGAGUAUCUCACCCUGAGAGCGCUGCGCUGGGAGAAGAUCUGGGCCCCUGUCCCCGCAUCGCCCGCCCAUCAUUUUACCUUUCAGACGCCACAAAGUAACGCGAUCUCAGAUGUCAGCUUCAUACCGGGGCAUGGCGAUAGAUGCCUUGCCGUCGUAACGCAAGGGAUAUGGGCCGCCGUCAGCAUCUGGGAUAUCGGAGAGGAAGCCUUGGGCCCCGCUCGCAGAAUAUCGGAGUGGACUCCCCCGAAGGGCGCUACUGUGCACGCGUUCGUAGUCAAUUUGGAGCCUGACGCUGAAGCCACAAUAGCGGUGUCUGUCCGUCCCACCGAAGGCCCUGCAUAUAUCGAGCUACUAUCUCUACACACAUCUACAGAUGCCCGCGAAUCUUCUGCAACACUGACUUCUGUGUGUACUAUUGACACGAUUUGGAUUCCGGCAAUGUUAAGAGGCGACUGGAUCGCCUUUGGUGACAACGACACCAAAACAACCCUCAUGGACUGGAAAACAAGGUCGAAUGCCACCUUGGAGAGCUCUACGGACUCAACCAAACCUUCCCAGUCGAACAAGCUGCACCAGGUCAUUGUAGAGCACGACAACAACAUCGUCAUCGUUGUGCGCGCACAUGUCAUCGAUUUCUUCACUCUUCCUGCUCUCCACCCGCCAACCGGAGCAGAGGAGCACUCUCCGCAUAAGCCCAUCGUCGUGCGCUCGGUCGGCUGGGUCGACGCCAUCUCCGUGACUCGGCAGACAUAUAGAACAGACAUCGACCA